AUGACAGGCAUGAUCCAUCGCCACGGAUUUGAACCGCUGGGCUCACCCGCAAGCCCAACAGCAGCAUGGCUGCAGGAAAACAACUGGCCCAUCAGGUCCUCGCCGUCGUGGUCACUGAUGCCGAAGCACCGCAUCAACUGGUCCAGCAGCUCCCCCCACCAGCUAAGAAGUAGCUCCACUCUCACCAAGACACUGCUGCUGCUGCAAUCCACAAUGGUCAAGUCCUUCGCGAACUUUGCGACGACCAUCGCCCUGGCGAUCGCGGCUGCGAGCGCUGCCUCCCUGCCCGACGGCACGUGGCCCGCCAGCACGGGCACCGUCCAGUUCUCCGAGGCUCACAUCGUCAAGGCCGGCGAGGUGUUCGACGGCAAGAUGCAGACGUACGAGCGCUCCGACAUCUCGUGCGAGGGCCAGACCGAGAGCGGCGCGUCCACCGCCGUCUUCAAGCUCGAGCCUGGAUCCACCCUCAAGAACGUCAUCAUCGGCAAGAACCAAAUGGAGGGCGUUCACUGCGAUAAGCACGACUGCGUCAUUGAGAACGUGUGGUGGGACGACGUGUGUGAGGACGCGCUGAGCGUCAAGGGCGGCACCGCCUCCAGUGUCACGACGGUCACGGGCGGCGGCGCUCGCUACGCCGACGACAAGGUCAUCCAGCACAACGGCUACGGCACCGUCAAGAUCGACGGCUUCUACGGCGAGGACGUCAGCAAGCUCUACCGCUCGUGCGGCACGUGCGGCGACAAGCAGCGCAAGGUGGACGUGGCCAACGUCUACGUCGUGAACCCGACCAAUGCCGUCGUGACGGUGAACAAGAACUGGAACGACGAGGCCACGCUCAGCAACGUCUGGGUCAAGUCCAGCGGCAAGAAGACGGUCAAAAUCUGCCAGUGGUCGCAGGGCAACGCCGACGGCGAGCCCUCCAUCCUGGGCCACGGGCCGUCCCCGCCGCUCUGCCAGUACUCGGAGAGCGACGUGCGCGUGAACGAGGACAUUUCCCAGGCGGCGCAGACUUCGACCGCGGCGUCGGCUUCCGCUUCGGCUUCAUCGUCGCAGACGCCCGCACAGCAGUCGUCGUCCUUCAGCGAUUCAUCACUCGCUUCGUCAGCCGCGGCGUCAUCGCAGACGUCGUCGAACUCGUCCACCGAGGCGUCCGAGGCGUCUGCCCCCGGCACGGUGGCGCCUGUGGAGAGCGGCAGCCUGGAGCAGUUGGUUGUUAGCAGCGCUGGUAGUCAGACCGAGCAGCAGCAAGACUCGACGGAGCAGCCGGCCGCUCUCCCUUCAGCCUCGGGAUCGAGCCCGACCUCAAGCUCCGGCUCGACGUACUCGUCUUCGGACGACGUGACACAAGCUGCCGCCCAGCAGUCGAGCGUCGCCUCCAGCAGCGAGAGCGACCUGACCCAAUCGGUUCAACAGCAGACCGGUAUCGUGCUCGAGUGCGACUCGAGCUCUAGCAAGGCCUCGGAGCAGACCUCCCAGCUGUCUAGCGUCGCGUCCAGCAGCGCUUUGGACCCCCCGCAGGCACCGAACGUGAUCCUCGAGUGCGAUUCCUCGUCCUCCUCCGGCAGCAGCAACCAGCAAGUUGAAGUGCCCUCGCUGCAGUCCACCACCUCCGCUUCCGCUUCGACCUCGUCGGCCAGCAACAGCGGCGUAGAGAGCCAACAGGAGAACGUCGCGCCAAGUGCCAGCGGCAGCACCAGUUCCACUUCCACCUACAGUUCUGCUGCUACCGCCCCCAGCAGCAGCAGCAGCAGCAGCGGUUCGACUACCGACCCGACUACGCAGAACUCCAAUGCCGGUUCACCUACGCAGAGUUCCAGCACGGGCUCAACCGCUCAGACGACAGGCAGCGACUCAACCGAGCAAACCGCCACCAACACGACUCCGUACACCAUCAAGGCCGGCGAGGUCUUCGACGGCAAGAUGCAGACGUUCGAGCGCUCCGACAUCACGUGCACCGACGGUGAGGGCCAGAAGGACUCCGCCGUGUUCCUCGUCGAGGCCGGCGGCACCCUCAAGAACGCCAUCAUCGGCAAGAACCAGAAGGAGGGCGUCCACUGCGACGACCACGACUGCACCAUCGAGAACGUCUGGUGGGACGACGUGUGCGAGGACGCGCUGAGCAUCAAGGGCGGCACUGCUUCCAGUGUGACCACCGUGACCAACUGCGGCGCGCGCUACGCCUCGGACAAGGUGGUGCAGCACAACGGCUACGGCACCGUCAAGAUCAACGGCUUCUUCGCGCAGGAGUUCGGCAAGCUCUACCGCUCGUGCGGCACGUGCGGAGACAUCCCUCGCACUGUGACGGUGGAGAACGUGUACGCCAUCGACCCGCUCGUGAGUCUUGUGACGGUGAACAAGAACUACAACGACCAGGCCACGCUCAAGAACAUUUAUGUCAAGACGACAGACGGCAAGGGCGACGUCAAGGUGUGCCAGUGGUCGCAGGGCAGCAAGACGCCGUCCAACCUGGGCGACGGACCGUCGGGCACGCUCUGCCAGUACACGGAGAGUGACGUCCACAUCAACGAGAAGUAA